ACACAAUGGUCUUACGAAAAUUGACACAAAGUUACACUUUAGCAAAAGUCCUAGAGACCUAAGAGCAAGGAGUGAUUUGGAGAGAGAAUUAAAGCCAAGGAGUAUGAGUGAAAGGGUGGAAGAGAGAACCCACAAAAUACCAAAGACCAGCUACGCCCUACCAUGCUGGGACACCUUGCCUUCAAUUUAACAGAGUCUAUUGACUGUAAACUUGCUGCUUAUAUGUACGUGUGCUUAUGUCCGAUCCCUGGCACCCAGCGUCCUGGACAGAAAUAAAACUGGACUAUUUGGAAUAUUUUGGAAGUGUGCCCGAAUUGGCGAACGUAAGAGUCCUUAUGUCGCCAUAUGCUGUAUAGUGAUGGCCUUCAGCAUCCUCUUCAUACAGUAGCUUUGGAAACUACCAGCACGUGAUUGCCAUCAGACUGCACACAGGACUUGCCUCCAGAAAAUAACGGGGAGAAUGGUUACGCCUCUUGUCUCUGAACAUGGAAUGAGAUGAAUUUCGAGAUGCUGUUCUCUCUUUUUAUGCUAUUGGACCAACGGACUGUAUGAAUAAUCACGAUGUAACAGGAAAUACAUAGGAACGUGAUUGCAGCCAUCGACCUCGGUUCUCUCACUCCAGUAUUACGCUCUACAAACGUCAUCCUGUUACGCCAGGACUGCUUUUCCUAAGGUUCUCCAGGCACGAAGUAGAAACCCAGUGGCCAGUUCCACAGGCUUGCUUCUUUGACUAGGGCUUCAAAAUAAUGUCUUCACAUUGUGAUACCUUCUAGCGACUGGCCUAUUUUUACUUAGAAAAGAAAAUGGAUCUAUUUUUGUUGUUGCCAUUCUUAGGAAUUGCAUUCAUAUUUAAACCCUUUUGAUUGCUAACCAGAGUACCUCUAUUCUUGGCAAAUUCUGUACUUUAUUACAGGUGUUUAAAGUAGUUUAAACAAAACUCCAUUUCUUUAAUUAGCGUAAGAGUUGGACUUCUGGUCACAAAUGUAGAGCUGCCGUCCUACGAAGGAGAGUAUCUUAUAAUGACAAAAGCGGCAAGCAGAAUGAUGACUGAAUAUGCAUUAUACAUUUUUCGUUCUCUGUGGUGUUAAGUCUUCCAAAUAGAACAUCCAUUGUAGUUACCAAAAAAAAAAAAAAAAAAAAAAAAAACAAAACAUUAAUAACAACCUGUAAAUACACAGAGCAGAAUCUUAAUGUCACCCACCAUAUUGUCCUGCCAGGCUUCUCUACCUGUCCGUCCAGUCUCUUCCUUCAAACUUCUCUCCCGCCCAUCCUUCCUUCUCAUCCAAUGACAGGCCUCCUAUCCUGUACCUGCCCCUCACCUGUAUUUUACAAACUCUAUGGGGAGAAGGUUCUGGUGAAGUCACCUGAGUCCUGAGUACUGACUAGGCAGCGUCCCGGGGCAGUGGAAUUAGCAUCAAAAUACAGACAACUCCCGGGCAAACCACAAUGCCCGGCCUGCAGAGGCAUCUCCUAACCCCCACACCAUUCGGUGCCCCCACCAAGCUUAUUCCUUCCCUCCCUUAUCUUUUUAUACAAGGAACAUAACACUCAUUGAUCCUGAUCCUCCUGCCUCAGCAUCCUGAAGGUUGGGGAUUUCGGGCUUGUGCCUGGUCAGGUUUUAUGUAGUCACCCACAGAAACCUGACAGGAGGGAAGUAGCCUGCUUGGGCUAAGUGAUCCUAACCCCCUUCUUGAUCUGGGGUUAGAGGACACAACCCCACCCUGACCUGUUGUUAUAGCUGCUCACUUCUCCCUCAGAGAAGCCCCAAACAGACUCUUGAGGUCAGAAAUGCCUGUCCAUUACCUGUCCAUCCCAAUUAAGGUCUCUAUAAAUAUAUAUAUACAUACACACACACACACACACACACACACACACACACACACACACUCUCACACUGUAGCUGUCUUCAGACACACCAGACGAGGGUAUCAGAUCUCAUUACAGGUGGGUUGUGAGCCACCGUGUGGUUACUGGGAAUUGAACUCAGGACCUCUGGAAGAGCAGCCAGUGCUCUUAACCGCUGAGCCAUCUCUCCAGCCCCCUACUCUUGGGUUCUUGAAUUAGGGUCAAACCCAGCAGCUGCAGGAUCAUCACAACCACGCCCUUUAAUCCCCCGAAGUGCUGAGCCAGGCCUUCCGUCCCCUCAAGGAGCCAGCCAGCUGUCUGGCUGUGAAAAUGGCGGAGGAAGAGGGCGGUGUGGAGGAGGGGGACAUAUUCCUAGCAUUCGCCCAUGGUCCCACUCCUCCUCGGGGUCCCCUGCGUCGUGCCUUGGACAAGAUCUUCCUCACUUUCUUGGUCCUCUUCCUGACCCUGCUGAUGCUGGAGGCUGCUUACAAACUGCUGUGGCCCCUGCCUUGGACCAAGUUUCGGGACUGGCUCCUCAGGACCCCUGAGGAGGAGUCAGCUCUGGAACUGUGAACACCAUCUUACAGACAACCUGUCCUGCCUACUGAGGUGAGAAAGGAGAUGUUAGAGAGUUUGGGGUGGAGGAGAUAGUUAAGGCCGUCACUCUAAGAUUAUCUUUAUCUGCCCGUUUGUGGGUACGUGCACGUGAGUUCAGGGGCCCACAGAAGCUAGAGGGGUGUUAGAGUCCUAGGGGGUAGAAUUACAGGAGGCUGUAAGUGACCUGAAGUGAGCGGGUGCGUGGAACCACCCUCAGGUCUGCAACACACACACACACACACACACCCCUACCUUUAUAGACAAAAGGCAUAUAAAUAUAACUCCAGAACCCACAUAUGAGAGAAUAGCAAGGAAUAAUUAAAUAAGCUAUUCGAAGGGAAAAAUUAAUUUUAUUUUAUUUCGCUUCAGAGUGAGUUUCAUUUCCUCUUGUGUUCUUGCAAAUAUUGUGGUGGUUUUGGUUUUCUUCCUAGCUGUAAGACUCCAUAGUGUGUCCGUCCGUACCACAUUCUGUUUUACGGGCCCGUUGGCUGCUUCCGUUCCUUUGGACUACUUCGAGCACUACAGCAAUAAACGUGGCUGUGCGAGUGUC